AUGCAAUGUUUAAAGAAACAUGAACCAAAAGCAUUAGAAAAAUAUGCAAAAUCAUUUACUACUACUGAAAAGAAUACCGAUCACGUUAAAGAACUAGUCAGAGGUAUUAUCGAAGGUGAAACUAGAGUUAUAGCUGCUGCCAUGACUAUAAUGUUUCAAGAAAGAAAAGGUUCAAGGAAAAAUGAUGUUGGUGUAAAGGAGCGUGAAGGAUUAACCAGAAGAGAAACUGCAAAAAUUGAAGCAAUUCUAGCCGAGAUUGAAUGUAAAGCAUCAAUUGCAGAGGCAGAACCAAAAAAUCAGAAUUCGAUAAAUCAACAAAAAUAG